CGGGCAUCGGCGAGUCCUUUCGGCUUGUUACCCAACGGUCGGGGCUACAAUCACUGACAAUUACGUAAAUAAUCCGUUGAUCGGCUGUAACAAGAUGCCAACAGUGGUUAAAGAGGGCAAAGACACGAUUAUUUUCGCGUCGAAAGAGGACCACGCGAGCCCCAGCAAGAUAACUCUCCCAGAGCCCGAGCCGAGUCCUGGGCUGCUCCUCCCCAAUGGAGACAUCAACUGGAACUGUCCGUGCCUGGGGGGAAUGGCGACAGGCCCUUGUGGUCUGGAGUUCCGAGACGCUUUCUCCUGCUUCCAUUACUCGACAGCCGAGCCCAAGGGCUCAGACUGCUACGACGCCUUCAAAACUAUGCAGACCUGCAUGUCAGAGUACCCAGCCCUCUAUGGCAACAAGGAGCCCGACCUCGACGACCUCGAGCAGCAGGAGAUGAAUUCCAUCAGCGAGCACGAGAGGCAGGAGGAGAGCAGGGGGAACAUCGAGGAGGGCAAGGAGCAGGGGCAGUUAGAACCGGUCGGGAGUAGUAAAUGAAUUCGUGGGGUAGAUUAACGUAGAUAAAUGAUUCACUAAGAUCCCUUCGAUUGGCAGUCGUGUGACUGUGGUGUCACAGAGCACAGGACUUUCGAUUCAGUAGCGAAGCGGUAAACCGGGUCAAGUCGAUUUUUACUAUUGGCUAGUUUUUGACGAAUAUCUCGGAAUC